GCGGGGUGUUGUCGCUCUCCCGGGAAACCGACCCCCGGGCGGAGCCGCAGCCGCCGCCCCUCCCUACGGCAGGCCGCGCGCGCCCCGCACCGCCUCGGAGCACAGGCGUGCCCGCGAGGACUGGACAUGGGCGCGUCAUGGGCACAGCUGUAAUGUCGGCACAGGAGCUCGCGGCCUGCCUCUGCCGGGAAGGAGACCAGCGCCUGGCCCUGGGAGAGCCCCCGUUGGCCGCCGCCUUCUACCUGGCUGCGUUCAGCUGCCACGCCCCCUCGGCCGUGCGGGGCGUCAGAGCUGCCCUGGCCGAGGCUCGAGGGGCACCCGUGGUGGCCACCCUAGAGGCCUGGUGCCGCGGCGACAGCCAGAUCCCCACCAUCCACUGGGACGGCAUGGCGGUUGUCUCCCUGACGGGAACCCUGGCCUCCGCAUUCCUGGCCACCCUCUGGCCAGACCACCCAGCCGCGGUCCUGCACUCCCUGGCCGGCCUGCUGGCUCAGGGGCGCCACCAAGAGGUGGCUCGGCGCUGCGGCACCUUGCUGGAUGCUCGCUCCCAGCAGGCCCUGGAGCUGCAGCUGACCCGCGCCCUGGCCUGGGUCCUGUCCGGGGUGCAGGUGGACGCUGGCGUGGCCGACUAUCUGCAGGCCUUUGCCUCCAGUGCAGACCGGACCGUGGCCUUUGUUCGAACCCACCAGCAACCCUACCUCCCCGUGCUGAUCGGCACCCUCCAGGACUAUAGCUCAGGGCGCCAGCAGGAGGCCGGCUGCAGGGGACUCCUGGCAGCCCUGGACCCCGGGGGCACCUGGAGCGACGCCCUGUCACCGGAAGCCCUGCUCCGCAGUGGCAGGUAUGAGGACUGCCAGGCAGCAUGCAGCCGGGCCCUUGAGACUGACCUGACAGGCAGCCCACCCCAAGGUGAGCGUCGGGCCUCUCUGCUGGUCACCCGAGCAGCCGCGGCCUUAUUCCUGGACAGUGGGGCCCGGGACCUGCUUCGGGACCUGCACGAGGCCUUCCGCCAGAGCCCGUCGGGGGCGCGGAGGCAGUUUGAGGCGGUGCUGUCCGCGGGGGACCGAGAGCGCGUGCGGGCCCAGGCGCAGGAAGAAGCGGACAUGGGCUUCGCCCACUUCCAGGAGGCCGUGCGGAGCCGCGCUGAGCUCCGCGAAAACUCGGGCCGCGAGCUGCUGGCCCCCGUAACCCGUGCGCUCCGUGUCCUGCUACGCGUUGCGCCGCCCGGGGUGCGCCCGGCACUGGGCACAAGCUUGGCCGAGUGCCUGCUGCUGGCUGGGGACGCGGCGGGCGCCCGGGCGCUGUGCGAACGCUUGCUGCGGCCUGCGCGCCCCGGGGACCGUGCUGACAACCUUGUCAGGGCCCGCACCGGGGACCGCGCGCCCCUGUUGGCGCUGCGUGGCUUCUGCGCGCUGCACGCCGGUGACGCGCGGAGCGCCCGGGAGGACUUCCAGGAGGUGGUGGAGCACGGACCGCCGCACCUGGGCAGCUGCGUGCGCGCGUUGUGCGGCCGCGGGCUGCUGAGGGUGCUGGAGGGUAGCGCGUUCCUGGGUGCGCUGGACUAUGUCACCGCCUGCCGUCUGCAGCCCGAGGAGGCACUGCUCAUCGCCAAGGCCUACGUCCCCUGGAACCAUCGGGGCCUCCUGCUGACCGUGCUGCGGGAGGAGGGCCGCAGGAUGCUGCAGCGGAGGCCAGACCUGGGACUCCUGGGCGCCCCGGGCUGCCGGAGUAAGGCCACGGAGAUGGAGAGCCCCGAGGCGCAGGAAGGGGAUGCCCAUGGCGUGUACCAGCUGGCCAUGCUCCUGAUGGAGCUGGACAGGGACGAUGAGGUGUCAAGCCUCCUGGGGGCUGAUGCCCUGUACCGCCUGGGCCGUCUGGAGGACGCCCACAAGGCCCUGCUGCUGGCCCUCUCCCGGAGGCCCCAGGCGGCUCCCGUGCUCGUGCGACUUGCCCUGCUGCAGCUGCGAAGGGGCUUCUUCUAUGACGCAAACCAGCUGGUGAAAAAGGUGGUCCAGUCCGGGGACACGGCGUGCCUCCAGCCCACCCUGGACGUCUUCCACCACGAGGACCGGCAGCUGCUGCGGGGCCACUGCCACUCUCGGGCCCUAGCCAUCCUGCGAGCGCGGCCCAGCGGGGCCGAGGGCACAGCCCACACCAGGGAGGCCAUCGCAUACCUCUCUCUGGCCAUCUUCGCUGCAGGGAGUCACGCAGUGGAGUCCCUGCUCACCCGUGCCCGCUGUUACGGGCUCCUGGGCCAGAAGAAGACGGCCAUGUUUGACUUCAACUCAGUGCUGCGGGCUGAGCCGAGGAACGUGCAGGCGCUGUGCGGCCGGGCGCUUCUGCACCUGGCCCUGGGCCAGCAGAAGGAGGCUGUGGAUGACAUCCUCUUGGCUCUGAAGCUCGACCCCAGGACAGUGGUCCCUGAGAUUCGCUCUCUGAAGCCGGAGGCCCAGGCCCUUAUCACCCAGGGCCUCUGGUCCCGCUGCCGGGCCCUCCUGAGCCAGCCGCUGGUCACCGGGGCCGCCCUCAGCGACGAGGACGCCCAGGGCCUCCUAGCUGUGGGGGAAGCGCUGAUCAAAAUCGAUGCUGGGCAGCCGAGGGGGCAUAUUCUGCUGGCAGACGCACUCACUGCAAUGGGCAGCUACGAGGAAGCUGGCACCUGCCUGCAGAACGCCCUGCACCCCGCCCCACAGUCAGAGGUGGCCCGCGCCCGGCAAGGCCUCCUCUGGCUCAAGAAGGGCCAUGUACCAGCUGCGAUGCGGGAGCUGCAGUGCCUGGCCGAGGUGGACGCCCAGGAGCUCGGCUUCCUGCUGCAGCGCCUGGAGGCCUCGGAGCGGCAGAGCCUCAGCCAGGCUGCGGCCCAGGAAGCCAACACCCUCCUGAAUUCGGGGCACCCCAGGCAAGCACUGGGCUACUGCUCACUGGCGGUCCUCGCCGGGGGCAGCAGUGCCCAUCACCUGCGCCUCAGGGCCACCUGUCUGGCUGAGCUGCAGGAGUUUGACCGGGCACUGGCAGACCUGGACCAUGUCCUCCAGUUGGAUGUGGGGAACCACGACCUCCCGAUGAGGGUGGAGGACCUGUGUUCCCAGGGCCGCCUGUUGCUGAGCCUGGGGGAUGGGGCCAGGGCCACAGGGACCUUUUCCCAGGCCCUCAAGCUGGCACCCACCCUAGCCCAGAGCAGCCUGUGGGAGCAGCCAGGCCGGGGCCCCACUGCCCAAGCGUUCCUGUGCCAUGGCCAGACCUGCCUGGAGGAGCAGCGCUAUGCAGAAGCCUGGACGGCAGUGGAGAGUGGCCUCCUGGCAGACCCUGAGCACAGCGGCCUGAAGAGGCUGAAGGCGAGAAUCCGGAGGGAGGCAUCCUUGGGCUGCCGGCUCCACUGACCCAACGCUCUCUAGGCCCAGGCGUGGGCCGCCCCCCAUUGCACCCUGGCUGGGCUCCUGAGCAACAGGGUAUGGUGGGCCUAGUGCUGCAGAUCAGACUCCGCUGAGAAGAGAGACUACAGAAUUGGCACAGUUUAGGUCACCGAGAAGGUGCUUAUAACAGAGCACGAUAGAUAGCAUUGCCUCAUCUCAAGACAGCAAAGCUAUGAAUUAAUUUUUUAAAGUUCCCUGCAUGGGAAACAGCUCUUGGGUCCGAGGAGGAGGUCACGUCUGAAAUCAAAGGCUGUUGAAAAACUAGUCAUCACAAAACCCAUGCAGAGAAGCCCUGUGGGCUGCAGCCCCACCGGCCCCGAGGGAAGGCCCGGCCCCAAGCAGGUUCCUAAGCAAUGGAAGGAAAUGAAGUGCACGUGCAGUUCAAGAAGUUAGAAAAAGACAGUAAAACUAAGAAAAUCGGGAGAUAGAAAUUAAGGAUAAAAGCAGAAAUUAAUAAAUUAGGAAAAGAACAGAAUAAAUAAAUACAAAAUCUGGUUCUUCAAAAAAUAAAGUAAGUGAACCAACAGCUAAUUCUGUCAGUUGAGAAAGAUGGAGGAAGCACAAGGGCUCACCUGGGUGCGCUGCUGCAGUGAGCCCCACGCGUCUCCUGGCGAGCGGGCGGUGCGGCCGUGCCGGCUCUCAGGACAGUACGAUGCACUUGGGACACGAGGUCUACACGCACAGGUCUGUAGGGUACCCAGCGGGCCCUGGGGCCGCACAGCCCCGUGACAGAGACCGUGGACCCGGUGUUCUGCCUUUACUAGGGCCGCAGGGUGGGAUCUCUGGGGUUUUGUGGGGUCAUUUAUUGUUGGCUAGUUUGGAGCAGAAGAGUGGGACUGGGGUCUCAGGAGGGCGGAGGCUGUAGGCGGCCCACUUCCUUCUCUGGUGGUUCUGCUAAUGGCUGUGUCCUACAGCUGGCAACACACACAUUCCAGAUGGAGGUCUUUUGAAAUGGACGCCCUGGGUUGAUACCAGACUCACCACAGAGACAUAAUUCUAAAGUGACAAGGACAAAGUAACAGAUAACAGGAAAUUAAAAGCAUCAUAAGAAAUUAGGUUUCGCUGGGCAAAUAAAUUUGAAGGCCUGGAUGAAAUGAAUUAGCUCCUAGGUGAAUAUUUAACUAAACUACCCAGAAUAGGCCUAAAACUUCUGCAGGACAAUUGCUACGGGGGAAAAGAGAAGGUUGUCCGGAAACUUCCCCUAAAGCAGGCUCAGUUCCAGAUGGAAAACCCUGUUAACCUUUAGGGAACAGUCAAUCCCAAAUGUCUCUAAACUCCUUCAGGCCAAGAAAAAUAAGCUUCCAAGUUCUUUGUGGAAGAAAACAAUCUCAACCGAAAGAAAGCUACAAACCAAUUUAUAAUCACCAGUCCAGAAACCCUGAAUACCAACAAGCCCGAAUCUGGCGGCAUGUUCAAAGAAUAAUACACCUGAGCAAUACAUACGGGAAUGCAAGGAUGGUUCAAGGUUAGGACACACAUUCAUACAGGUAAUCACAGAACCAGAGCCCAGAGAAAAUAAGUCCUGUGACCCCUUUUGGGAGCUGUGGUAGGGGUGCAUGGUCCCACCUGGUGAGUCCUCCCUACACCUGUGGAUUCCCACUGUGGGCCACCAGUGCAGAUGCAACCACAUGUCCUGGUGGCACCACCUCCCACAGCUGGUGUGUACCCGCACGUUCUCUCCAGCAUCCGUGGUGGGCAUAGCACAGCCAUAGGGCCACCCCAGCCCAGAGCUGUAUUCCCUCUGCUGUGGCCUGACCCCCUCAGACUCCAUUCCCACACAGAAUUCCCAGGGUCCCCAGUGUGGACUAGUGAAAUCUUGUGGUUAUUGGGGUGCAUAUGCUAGUUCCUCCAGGAUCAGUCUUCACACCUAACCCGC